UUGACUAUGGCGAAUCAUUAUUCUACACGAAUUAUCGGUUCAAGGAGGAAAUAUCAACCGAGUUACUCCAGAUAUCAGGAACUAGAAAGUGUUGGAUCAGAGGAAGAUUCAGUUGAGGACCUCCCUCUGGCCAUGGGAGAGGACGGUUUCGACAACGAGAAUGAGUCAUUGACUCGACGAGGCACCCACAGGCAGGACCCUUUAACACGUUUUUUCUGCAACAUUAACAAUGCCUGUUCAAGUUGUUGUGCAUCAUUCAAACUGAGAUGUAAACCAGAGAAAGAGCUGUUUCCCCGGACAGUAUGGCUUGGCAAGCCAGGCCCACAGCAAGAGAAAUAUCCCCCCAACAAGAUCUGCAAUCAGAAAUACAAUAUCUUCACAUUUAUACCUCUGGCCCUGUACUACCAGUUCAAGUUGUUUCUCAAUCUCUACUUCUUGCUGAUGGCUUUAUCUCAGUUGAUACCGUCACUUAGAAUAGGAUAUCUCUACACCUAUUGGGCUCCAUUGGGUUUUGUCAUCUUUGUGACGAUGUGUCGCGAGGCUCUUGACGAUUUCAGACGGUACAGAAGAGAUCGUGAGGUGAACAUGCAGCAGUAUUACAAACUGACUAGAACAGGAUUAGUGAAGGUACCAAGCUCAGAGCUACAGGUAUCGGAUCUUAUUGUCGUAGAAAAGAACCAACGAGUUCCUGCAGAUCUUGUUUUACUGAGAACAACAGAAAGAAAUGGAGCAUGUUUUAUACGCACAGACCAGUUGGAUGGGGAAACUGACUGGAAACUUAGACUAGCAGUACCGAGCUGUCAAAGGUUAAACAAAGAUGAGGAUCUGCUGAGCUAUAAUGGCAAUGUAUAUGCAGAGAAGCCUCAGAAAGAUAUCCACAGUUUUGUGGGAACAUUUACGGUGUUAGAAGAAGGUGUUUCAACACAAGAUGCUCUUGGUAUUGAGAAUACAUUAUGGGCUAACACCGUUGUUGCGUCAGGUAGGGCACUGGGAGUUGUCAUCUACACUGGAACAGAGACGAGGGCUGUCAUGAAUACGUCCAGUCCUAGGGUCAAGUAUGGUAUCACUGACCUUGAGGUCAACAACCAGACCAAAGUGCUCUUCCUCCUGACCUUGGCACUGGCCGUCACCAUGAUCAUCUUGAAGGGAUUCCAAGGUCCAUGGCUGAGAUACUUCAUCAGAUAUGUGCUUUUAUUUUCUUCUAUUAUUCCUCUCAGUUUACGAGUAAACCUUGACAUGGCGAAGAUCGUCUACUCCUUUGUCAUCAUGAGGGAUUCUGACAUUCCUGGUACCGUAGUUAGAUCAACGACCAUUCCUGAAGAGCUGGGGCGGAUCACAUACCUUCUGUCUGAUAAGACUGGAACACUCACACAGAAUGAGAUGGUCUUCAAGAAAUUGCAUCUAGGUACGGUAUCCUUUGGUAACGACAGUCUUGAUGAUAUCAAGACACACCUACUCUCUGCGUACUCUCAGAGUAACCAUGCAGGAUCGUCAAAGACCACACCCGCACGCAAAUCAACGGUCAGGCGGACCGUCGUCACCAGGGUGUUUGAGUCGGUUAGGGCGCUGGCGUUGUGUCAUAAUGUGACACCGGUUGAGGAAGAGGAUGCUGAAAGGUUGGUGAUCAACGAUGGAGACCAGGAGGCUCGAAUUGUCUAUCAAGCAUCAAGCCCUGAUGAGGUUGCUUUGGUAACCUGGACAGAAACUGUGAACCUAACCCUUGUGAGACGAGACCUCAACUCCAUGCUCCUUCGGAACCCUACAGGAGAUUUAGAUGAGUAUACCAUCCUUCAGAUCUUUCCUUUCACCUCAGAGACCAAGAGAAUGGGGAUCAUCGUCAAGGAGGAGAAAUCUGGUCAGAUCAUAUUCUUCAUGAAAGGAGCUGACACGGUGAUGAGCUCCAUAGUGCAAUACAAUGACUGGCUGGAAGAAGAGAGUGGUAACAUGGCAAGGGAAGGAUUGAGAACUCUUGUUGUUGGAAAGAGGGUCCUUACAGAAGAACAGUAUGCAGAUUUUGAGAAUCGAUACACCCAGGCCAAGCUGAGUGUAACGGAGAGAGCAUCGAAGGUAGCGGCAGUAGUGGAGAGUAUAGAGAGAGACCUUGAGCUCCUGUGUCUUACAGGUGUGGAAGAUAAAUUACAACAAGAUGUUCGCCCAACGCUAGAGAUGCUUAGGAAUGCUGGUAUUAAGAUUUGGAUGUUAACGGGAGACAAGCUAGAGACGGCCUGCUGUAUAGCCAAGAGUGCUAAGCUGGUGUCAACAAGACAAGCUCUGUUUGUCUUCAAGAAAGUCAGCAACCGUUCAGAAGCCCAUUCAGAGCUAAACUCCUUCAGAAGAAAGAGUGAUUGUGCCCUUGUUAUCAUGGGGGAGUCAUUAGAUGUUUGUCUCAAGUUCUAUGAACAUGAAUUCAUUGAGCUAGCUUGCCAGUGCCCAGCAGUUGUAGUGUGUAGAUGCUCACCAACCCAGAAAGCUGACAUAGUCAACCUUCUUAAAACGCAUACAGGGAAGAGAACAUGUGCAAUAGGUGAUGGAGGAAACGAUGUCAGCAUGAUUCAAGCAGCCAAUGCUGGGGUUGGUCUAAUUGGAAAGGAGGGAAAGCAAGCCUCGCUGGCCGCUGACUUUUCUCUGACUCAGUUCCGUUACCUAGGACGACUCCUCAUGGUCCAUGGUCGUAACAACUAUAAGAGCUCCGCCUCUUUGAGUCACUUUGUGAUGCAUCGUGGGUUGAUCAUCUCUACCAUGCAGGUCGUCUUCUCAUCGCUCUUCUACUUCUCCUCUGUAGCUCUCUACCAGGGCGUGCUUUCUGUAGGGUAUGUAACAGCAUACACAAUGUUCCCUGUUUUCCUGUUAGUAAUAGACAAAGAUGUAACACCAGAAACAGCCAUCAAAUACCCAGAGCUUUAUAAAGACUUGCAGAAGGGUCGGAUGUUGUCCUGGAAGAUGUUCUUUGUUUGGAUCCUAAUCAGCGUUUACCAGGGUGGUAUCAUCAUGUACGGCGCCCUCUGGUUGUUCGAAGGAGAGUUCCUUCAUAUCAUCUCCAUCACGUUCACCGCCCUCAUCAUCACCGAGCUCCUCAUGGUUGCGUUGACCAUCAGGACGUGGCACUGGACGAUGGUCAUCGCAGAGAUCCUCAGUAUCGUCAUCUACAUCGCUUCCAUGUUCAUCUUCACAGGAUACUUUGAUCGGGAUUUCAUUACCACCUUCACAUUUUGGUGGAAAGUUGUGGUCAUCACGCUUGUCAGCAAUGUGCCUCUCUAUAUCCUCAAGUUCCUACGAAGACGCUUCAGCCCUCCCAGCUAUUCCAAGCUAUCAGAAUAGGUAC